AUGGCUAAAAAGAGCAAGAAGGAUAAGGAAGCCAAGAAGGCUAGAGCUGAGGCUAAACUGAAGAAAAGUGAAGGAAAAGCUGCAGAAAAGGAAAAGAAGAAGUCCAAGAAGAUUUUUGGUGCUGACGAGGAGGAUGACUUAGACAUUGAAGAAGUGCUGGCAAACUUCAAGAAAGAACAGGAGAAGUUCGAAAAAGUUGUGGUUGAAUCCAUUAACAAACCAUCGAAAAGAAUCAAUUCUUGCAUGAUUUCUAACCCCAACCAUGGCAAAAGUGAGUUGAUAAUUUUUGGUGGUGAGAAUACCAAUCAAGCCACCUCUACGACAACAUUUUACAACGAUCUUAUCGUUUUCUCACCCGACAAUGGUCAAUGGAAAAAAAUCACGUCACAAAAUGCUCCAAUGCCUAGAUCAUCCGCCGCCAUGGCCGGCCAUCCUAGUGGUAUAGCUCUUCUACAUGGCGGUGAGUUUUCUUCGCCCAAGCAAAAUACUUUUUACCACUACUCAGACACUUGGCUCCUCGACUGUUCGACCAAGGAAUGGAGCAAGAUUGAGCAAAAAAAUGGUCCAUCUGCACGUUCAGGUCAUCGGAUGGCUGUUUGGAAGAACUUCAUCAUAUUACAUGGCGGGUUUAGGGAUCUUGGCACGUCGACGACGUAUCUGAAUGAUUGUUGGUUGUUCGACAUCACUACUCACAAGUGGAAGCAGGUCGAAUUUCCACCUAACCAUCCUGUUCCUGAUGCACGUUCAGGACAUUCCCUGAUUAGUGACCAAGAUGGCGCCAUUCUAUGGGGUGGGUACUGUAAAGUUAAAGCUGGAAAAGGCCUUCAGAAGGGCAAAAUCUUGACCGAUUGUUGGCAUCUGAAGAUGAACUCCAACGUCAAUGCCAUCAGAUGGGAUAGAAAGAAGAAGCAAGGUUUUCAGCCUUCACCAAGAGUUGGCUGCUCGAUGGUCCCCCAUAAAGGAAGAGGUAUAUUGUUUGGCGGUGUGUACGACUACGAGGAGACCGAAGAAAGCCUGGAUUCGAACUUUUACAAUGACAUUUUUACUUACCAGAUAAACACCAACAGAUGGUAUUCUUUAGCAUUGAGACCACAGCGGACAAAGCAAGUCAAACUGAACAACAAAAGCACGAGAGAUCAAGAGAAAGAGCUCGAGGAGCUAUUAAAUAAGAUCCUGGAGAAUGCUCAACUAGGCGACGGUGAUGAAGACGGCGAAAAUAGCGAAGAAAGCUCUACCUUGGUCGGCAGUAGAGACGAUUCUGAAGACGAGAUCAAGAGCGCGGCUAAAGACUACAAAAUCUCAAGCGAAUUACCUCACCCACGGUUCAACGCAGCCACGACUGUAAUUGACGAUACCCUGUUCAUUUUUGGUGGACUCUGGGAAUGCGGCGAGAAAGACUACUCUAUCGAUUCCUUCUACAGCAUUGAUCUCAACAGGGCUGAUGGGGUGACCAUCUAUUGGGAGGAUUUGACCGCUUUGCAAAACGCUCAAGAUAAUUCUGACGACGAAUCAGAUAUGGAAGACGGGGACGACACCGAUGACGACAACAGCGAUGAAGAGGGCACCGAUCGAAAGCUUGUCGCAGAGGAAGAGGAAGAGGAAGAAGAGGUUGAAGAGGAGGAAAUGGAAUAUCCUGAUCCGCGCCCAUGGUUGCCGCAUCCUAAAGCGUUUGAGUCUCUGCGUUCUUUCUACGUGCGCACGGGUCCAGCAUUCCUGGAAUGGGCCAUCUCCAACAACAGAGACGCUAAGGGCAAGCAUUUGAAGACUAAGGCGUUCGAGAUCUGCGAGAGUCGUUGGUGGGAGAGGAGAGAUCAAGUCCGCAUCGAGGAAGAUAAGCUCGAAGAACUAGGCGGUGUCGGCGAAAUUGUCGAGAAGGACACAACCAAAACCUCCAAGAGAAGAUAG